CAAAUGAUCAAUACACUUAUAAUUUUACGUUACAUGCCAUGCAUAAUAUAAUAGACACAAUAGUUUUUUCUUAUGAUUUUACUCAAGUUUCUUUUUCUGAAGACUAUAAUAAUAACUCUCCUAAG